GAAUUAGACUUUAUGUUUACCUGAAGGAAAUGAUUUUAAGGUUAGUUGUUAUGUCAACAAUUGUAUACGAAUUGUAAUAUUUAAAAAGUAAAUUAUAAUGAUUUUUAAUGUGAGAAUCUAAUGAAUUGUAAUUAUAAUUGUGUAAAUAUUUAUUGAAAGAUAUUAUUGUUUUUAAAAAAUGGCUACUAAUACUUUUGUAUUGGACAAUGGAGGUUGUUAUGCAAAAGCCGGUUUAUCAACAGAGAAAACAAAAUUAAUACCAAACUGUAUAAUGAAAGCAAAAAGUGAAAGACGCCGACCAUUUGUUGGAAAUCAAAUAGACGAAUGCCGUGAUGCUUCGGGUUUAUUUUAUAUUCUUCCUUUUCAAAAAGGCUACCUCAUCAAUUGGGAUGUACAAAAAACUGUCUGGGACUAUAUAUUUUCAAAAGAAUGUUGUCCAGUGAAUUUAAAUCAAACAUCAGUAAUAUUUACCGAACCACCAUUUAAUUUUCCCUCUAAUCAAGAAGCACUUGAAGAAAUUUUCUUCGAAGAAUUUGAUUGUCACAGUCUCCUGAGAAUUAAUGCCGUCAGUUUAUCGUGUUAUAAUUAUAAGCAAAAAUAUCCCAAUUCAAAAUGUUGCAUUGUCGUUGAUUGUGGUUAUAGUUUUACUCAUAUUGUUCCCUAUGUUAACGAUACAAAAAUGAAGGAAGGAAUUCGACGUAUUGACGUGGGUGGAAAACUACUUACAAAUCAUUUAAAAGAAAUAUUAUCCUAUCGUCAAUUACACGUUAUGGACGAGACUUAUGUGAUUAAUCAAGUGAAAGAGGAUUCGUGUUUUAUUUCACAGGACUUUUAUAAAGAUAUGGAAAUUGCAAAAUUAAAAGGCAGUACAAAUACAAUAGUCAAGGAUUAUGUUUUACCAGAUUUCACUUCAUUGCGUCGUGGAUUUCUUCAAGAUCCAAGUGUUGAAAGUGAACAACAAACUCUUCGCUUGGGCAAUGAACGAUUUUCGAUACCUGAAAUUCUCUUUCAUCCAUCGGAUGUUGGAAUUCGACAAAUGGGAAUUCCAGAAGCUAUUAUUGAUUGUUUAAAGGCAUGUGAAGAAGAGGCUUGGCCGCAUUUAUUGUCAAAUAUUAUUCUCACUGGUGGAAGUGCAAAAUUCCCCGGAUUUCAGGAGAGAAUUUUUAAGGAAGUCAGAAGUCUUGCUCCCAUUGAGUAUCCAGUUAAUGUCAUGCUAGCCGAAGAUCCAAUGACUUAUGCCUGGGAAGGUGGAAAAUUACUCAGCAAGGAUCCAACAUUCUCCAGUUUUUUGGUAACUCGAGAGGAAUACGAUGAAGAGGGUCACAAUAUUUGCUUCGAACGAUUUGAUACAUAGUUUUUAUAUUUUAAUGAUUUUUUUAUAUAAAAAAAAAAUACAUCAACAAUGUAAAAAUCAAAAAAUAA